AUGUACCUGAAGGUCCUCAUGCAGGAAGUCUGGCGGCCCGGAGCUGAUUGGGACGAUGAAAUUAACGGAGUACUCUUCUCCAAGUGGCAGACGUGGCUUCAGAUCCUCCCACAAAUCGAAACGCUCAAGAUUCGUCGUUGCUAUCAUAGUCGAAUUCCAACAGAUUUUUCCGACGUGCAGCUCCAUACGUUUGUAGACGCGAGUGAGGAUGGAAUGGUUGCAGCUUGCUAUCUUCGUUACUCCCAUGGCGAUACCAUCGAAUGCACGUUAGUCGCUGCCAAAACCAGAGUUUCUCCGUUAAAAUUCCACUCGAUUCCUAGAUUGGAACUUCAAGCAGCGGUGUUGGGUGUUCGAUUGGCUUCAACAGUAAACGAAACCUUAUCUGUGAACAUCACUCGUCGAAUUUUUUGGUCAGAUUCACGAGAUGUGAUCUGCUGGGUCAAUUCGGAUCAUCGGCGAUUUACACCAUUUGUAGCCCACCGAGUUAGCGAAAUUUUGGACUCCACAGAACCAGCAGAUUGGCGCUGGGUUCCUACUAAGCAAAAUGUCGCGGGCGAUGGUACUAAGUGGGUGAAACUACCGGACAUGUCUGCAGAAGCUCGUUGGUGCACAGGACCACAUUUCCUGAUGUGCACUGAGAAGUAUUGGCCGCAACAACCAACCGUGGCUAGGACAACAGAGACCGAACUACGCCCGUAUUUGUUGAUGCAUGUCCAGAAAACUGAGCCGCUUCUCUGCUUCAGUGACUUCAGUAGCUGGAGAAAGAUGGUGAACACAAUUGCAUACGUUCUUCGGUUUUCCAACAAUAUCAUUAAGAGAAUGAAAAGGCAGGCAGUUACGAAUGGCCAUCUUUCAAUGGAAGAGCUGACCGCCCCUGAAUCCCAUUUGAUCCGGCAAGCACAAGAGGACGCCUACCCCGACGAAUACACCCUUCUUAAGAAGAUGAUGCACCAGUCUGGUGGAGCCACGCUUCCGAAAACUAGCGCUUUGUAUAAACUUACCCCUUGGAUCGACAAACACGGAACCAUGCGGAUACGAGGUCGUAUUUCUGCCUGUGAGUUCGCGACCGAAGAUGCCAAGAAUCCGAUCAUUCUACCCCGUAACCACCACGUUACCAGUCUCAUUGUUGCACACUAUCACCAAAAAUACCACCAUCGGAAUCACGAGACUGUAAUUAACGAGAUACGGCAACGUUACUCCAUUUCUCGACUUCGAAGUACCUACUUACGGGUACGCAACAGUUGUCAACGAUGUAAGAAUAACCGGGCAAUUCCGCAGCCCCCAUAUCAUGGCGGAUCUCCCACAUACCAGGUUGGACGCAUUCGCUCGACCGUCCGUGGCAUGGACUACUUCGGUCCUAUUACAAUCGUAAUAGGCAGGCGAUCGGAAAAGCGAUGGGGGAUGCUCGUAAACUGCAUGACAAUACGAGCCAUCCAUAUUGAGAUCGUCCAUUCGCUGAGCACUAAUUCGUGCAUCAUCGCGCUGCGCAACUUUAUCUCGCGUCGGGGUACGCCCCGAACGAUCUAUAGUGAUCGCGGUACCAACUUUGCCGGAGCAUGUCGUGAGAUGCAGAAGGCAGAAGCUUCGGUCAACAUAGAAGAGAUGAUGAAGGCGUUCGUUUCAUCGGAAACCAAAUGGGUCUUCCUCCACCUCUAUCUCCACACAUGGGCGGCUGCUGGGAGAGAUUGA